UUUUAGAAAGAUUGUCCAUCAGUAGCAGUAAAUAACAAUGGGAAAAAAAAUAAAAUCGUUAGUAAGCAAGAGCUGGCAUAAAUGCUACUUUUUUUUUUGUUUUUUGAAGGAGUGCCUCUAUAUUGGAGGUGUGAGAAGGAACGGAGUGAAACAGUUCUUGCGUGUCAAGGUACAGGAGAACAGUUUUGGUGCUCUGUAUGACAGGGAGCAGAUUUCAGUUGCAUAAACUGUCUUCUCUGAUUCUGAAAAUGUCAUGUCAGCAUGAGAGACAACACAGUGCUAAGGGCUUCAGUUCCUCUUGAGCAGAGUAGUGCGCUAGCCAAAAAGCAAUAGAUAUGAAGAUGAAUAAUGCAGAGCACUGGUUUCGAUGAUGCUGGGCUUUUAUGACUGGAUUCAUUAAGGAAUACAAAGAAAAUUCUUACAGGGAUCAAUAAUGGUGUCUUCUGGUUGCAGAAUGCAAAGUUUUUGGUUCCUGCUCAUUAUCAGCUUCCUGCAUUGUACUACUGAAGGUUUCAGCCGAGCAGCACUACCAUUUGGUUUGGUUAGGAGAGAGCUCUCCUGUGAAGGCUACUCUAUUGACCUCCGGUGUCCAGGAAGUGAUGUUAUUAUGAUAGAAAGUGCUAACUAUGGACGGACAGAUGACAAGAUCUGUGAUGCUGACCCUUUCCAGAUGGAGAACACAGAAUGCUUCCUUCCCGAUGCCUACAAAAUUAUGACACAAAGGUGCAACAACCGAACACAGUGUAUAGUAGUUACUGGGUCAGAUGUGUUUCCUGAUCCUUGUCCUGGAACAUACAAGUAUCUAGAAGUUCAAUAUGAAUGCGUUCCUUACAAAGUGGAGCAAAAAGUUUUUGUUUGCCCGGGAACGUUGAAAGCAAUUGUGGACUCACCGUAUUUAUAUGAAGCUGAACAAAAAGCAGGUGCUUGGUGCAAAGAUCCUCUUCAGGCUGCAGAUAAAAUAUACUUCAUGCCAUGGACUCCGUAUCGCACUGAUACUUUGAUAGAAUAUGCUUCUUUGGAGGACUUCCAAAAUGGACGCCAGCAGACAACGUAUAAACUCCCAAAUCGAGUGGAUGGUACUGGAUUUGUAGUAUAUGAUGGCGCUGUAUUUUUUAACAAGGAAAGAACUAGGAACAUAGUAAAAUUUGACUUAAGGACUAGAAUUAAGAGUGGAGAGGCCAUAAUCAAUUAUGCUAAUUACCAUGAUACUUCCCCAUACCGAUGGGGAGGAAAGACUGACAUUGACUUGGCAGUUGAUGAAAAUGGCUUAUGGGUAAUUUAUGCUACGGAGCAGAACAACGGGAUGAUAGUAAUUAGCCAGCUGAACCCCUACACCCUACGUUUUGAAGCAACAUGGGAGACGACAUACGACAAACGGGCAGCAUCCAAUGCAUUUAUGAUAUGUGGUGUCUUGUAUGUUGUCCGGUCCGUGUAUCAGGACAAUGAGAGCGAGACGGGCAGGAACUCCAUUGAUUACAUCUAUAACACCAGGUUGAGCAGAGGAGAGCAUGUGGAUAUUCCUUUCCCUAACCAGUACCAGUACAUUGCUGCAGUGGAUUACAACCCCAGAGACAACCAGCUCUAUGUGUGGAAUAACAACUUCAUUCUCCGAUAUUCUUUGGAAUUUGGCCCACCUGAUCCUGCCCAAGUGCCUACCACAGCAGUGACAAUAACUUCUUCAGCAGAGCUAUACAAAACCACAGCGUCAACCACUAGCACUACAUCACAGAAAGGUCCAGUAAGCACAACAUUAGCUGGAGGAACAAAAGAAGGAAGCAGAGGACCCAAGCCACCGCCACCCGUUUCUACAACCAAAAUUCCCCCUGUGACGAGUUUUUUCCCUUUGCCAGAAAGAUUCUGUGAACCGACUGAGGCGAGGGGGAUUAGUUGGCCUCAGACACAAAGAGGAAUGAUGGUUGAACGGCCUUGCCCCAAAGGAACACGAGGAACUGCCUCGUAUCUCUGUGUGGUUUUAACGGGAACAUGGAACCCCAAAGGCCCUGAUCUUAGCAACUGCACCUCACACUGGGUAAAUCAGCUGGCUCAGAAGAUCAGAAGUGGAGAAAAUGCUGCUAGUCUGGCCAAUGAACUGGCUAAACACACUAAAGGACCAGUCUUCGCUGGCGAUGUUAGCUCAUCAGUGAGGCUGAUGGAGCAGCUUGUGGACAUUUUGGAUGCUCAGCUGCAGGAACUGCGACCCAGUGAAAAAGAUUCUGCUGGAAGGAGUUAUAACAAGCUCCAAAAACGAGAGAAGACAUGCAGGGCUUACCUUAAGGCAAUUGUUGACACAGUGGACAACCUGCUCAGGCCUGAAGCUCUGGAGUCCUGGAAAGACAUGAAUUCUUCGGAACAAGCCCAUGCAGCCACAAUGCUACUUGAUACAUUAGAAGAAGGGGCUUUUGUCUUGGCUGAUAAUCUCUUAGAACCAACCAGAGUCUCAAUGCCCACAGAAAAUAUCAUUUUGGAUGUUGCAGUGCUCAUUACUGAGGGCCAGGUGCAGGACUUGAAAUUUCCUCAGGGCAGUAAAGGAGGCAACUCAAUUCAGCUCUCUGCAAGCACUGUGAAACAAAACAGCAGAAACGGGCUAGCAAAGCUGGUUUUCAUCAUUUACAAAAGUCUGGGGCGUUUUCUUAGCACGGAAAAUGCAACCAUAAAGCUGGGCAGUGAUUUUGCUGGUAGAAACAGUACAAUUGCAGUCAACUCCCACGUCAUUGCAGCCUCUAUCAACAAGGAGUCUAGCCGAGUGUACCUGACUGAUCCUGUGUAUUUUACUCUGGAACACAUUGAUCCUGACAAUUAUUUCAAUGCAAAUUGUUCCUUCUGGAACUACUCCGAGAGGACUAUGAUGGGAUACUGGUCAACUCAAGGCUGCAAACUGGUUGACACAAAUAAAACUCAUACAACAUGUGCUUGCAGUCACCUUACCAACUUUGCUAUUCUUAUGGCUCAUCGGGAAAUUGUGUACAAAGAUGGAGUACACGAAUUGCUCCUCACUGUCAUCACCUGGGUGGGAAUUGUCAUCUCUCUUGUUUGCCUGGCCAUCUGCAUCUUUACAUUCUGUUUUUUCCGUGGCCUACAAAGCGAUCGUAACACUAUUCACAAGAACCUUUGUAUCAACCUAUUCAUUGCUGAGUUCAUUUUCCUAAUAGGCAUCGAUAAGACAGAGUACACGAUUGCAUGUCCAAUAUUUGCAGGUCUCUUACACUUUUUCUUCCUGGCAGCCUUUGCCUGGAUGUGUCUAGAAGGAGUGCAGCUUUAUCUAAUGCUAGUAGAAGUAUUUGAAAGUGAAUAUUCUAGGAAGAAGUACUAUUACGUUGCUGGCUACCUCUUCCCUGCUACAGUAGUUGGUGUCUCAGCAGCUAUUGACUAUAAGAGCUAUGGAACAGAGAAAGCUUGCUGGCUCCACGUAGAUAACUAUUUUAUAUGGAGUUUCAUUGGGCCUGUUACCUUUAUUAUUCUGCUGAAUCUUAUCUUCUUGGUGAUCACAUUGUGCAAAAUGGUGAAGCACUCAAACACUUUGAAACCAGACUCUAGCAGGUUGGAAAACAUUAAAUCCUGGGUCCUGGGUGCAUUUGCUCUCCUGUGUCUUCUUGGCCUAACGUGGUCAUUUGGCCUACUGUUUAUCAAUGAGGGAACAGUUGUGAUGACGUAUCUCUUCACAGUAUUUAAUGCUUUCCAAGGAAUGUUUAUUUUCAUCUUUCAUUGUGCCCUUCAAAAGAAAGUACGUAAGGAAUAUGGCAAAUGCUUCCGACAUUCCUACUGCUGUGGUGGACUACCAACUGAGAGUCCUCACAGUUCAGUGAAGGCAUCAACAACAAGAACUAGUGCUCGCUAUUCCUCUGGCACUCAGAGUCGUAUAAGGAGGAUGUGGAAUGACACUGUGAGAAAACAAUCUGAAUCUUCUUUUAUCUCAGGUGACAUCAACAGCACUUCAACACUUAAUCAAGGAAUGACUGGCAAUUACCUACUAACAAACCCUCUUCUUCGACCACACGGCACUAACAACCCCUAUAACACAUUGCUCGCUGAAACUGUUGUAUGUAAUGCCCCUUCAGCUCCUGUGUUUAACUCACCAGGACAUUCACUGAACAAUGCCAGGGAUACAAGUGCCAUGGAUACUCUACCGCUAAAUGGUAAUUUCAACAACAGCUACUCUUUGCGCAAUGGUGACUAUAACGACAGUGUGCAAGUUGUAGACUGUGGACUAAGCCUGAAUGAUACUGCUUUUGAGAAAAUGAUCAUUUCAGAAUUAGUGCACAACAACCUGCGGGGCAACAGCAAGAACCACAACCUGGAGCGCACACUGCCAGCCAAGGCUGUGAUCGGUGGGAGUAGCAGCGAAGAUGACGCCAUCGUGGCAGACGCCUCAUCUUUGAUGCACAGUGACACCCCUGGGCUGGAGCUGCACCACAAAGAGCUCGAGGCCCCACUUAUUCCUCAGCGGACUCACUCCCUUCUGUACCAGCCCCAGAAGAAAGUGAAGACCGAGGGAACUGACAGCUAUGUCUCACAGCUGACAGCCGAGGCUGAUGACCACCUCCAGUCCCCCAACAGAGACUCUCUUUACACAAGUAUGCCCAACCUCAGAGACUCUCCGUACCCAGAGAGCAGCCCCGAUGUUGAAGAAGAUCUCUCUCCUUCCAGGAGAAGUGAAAACGAGGACGUUUACUACAAGAGCAUGCCAAAUCUAGGAGCUGGCCAUCAGCUUCAGAUGUACUAUCAAAUCAGCAGGGGUAAUAGCGACGGCUAUAUAAUUCCCAUUAACAAGGAAGGAUGUAUUCCAGAAGGAGAUGUUAGAGAAGGACAAAUGCAACUAGUGACAAGCCUUUAAUAGUGUAGCAAAGAAAUAUUAAAGGCCAUGUACAAGUAUUAAAAAGACUUAAUUGGCCCCGUGCAGGCUCCCUCGUAUCUGCUUGAAGAGACAAUUCUGUUGACCCUGUGGUUCUCCUCUGUAAUGGGGAUGACUGGACCUCGCAGUUCUGUGAAUUUUUAUAAAACAAAAACUUUGUAUAUACACAGAGUAUACUAAAAUGAAUUAUUUGUUACAAAGAAAAUACCAACAAGGUAUUUUAAGAUAUCUUCUGCUGCUGAAUUUAACAAAAUUGUGAAAAAAGAAAUAAAACACUUUCCAGCCAUUUUACUGCAGCAGUUUGUGAACUAAAUUUGUAAAUAUGGCUGCACCAUUUUUUUUUUCCUAGGCCUACAUUGUAUUAUAUACAAGGCGUAGGCUCUAAAAUCCUGUGGGACAAAUUUACUGUACCUUACAAUUCCUGACAAGACUUGCAAAAGCAGGAGAGAUAUUCUGCAUCAGUUUGCAGUUCACUGCAAAUCUUUUCCAUUAAGGCAAAGAUUGAAUACAUGUCUAACCACUAGCAAUCAAGCCACAGGCCUUAUUUCAUAUAUUUCCUCAACUGUACAAUGAACCGUUCUCAUGAAAAAAAAUGGCUAAAGAAAUUAUAUUUUGUUCUAUUGCUAGGGUAAAAUAAAUACAUUUGUGUCCAACUGAAGUAUAAUUGUCAUUAAAAAUAAUUUUAAGAGUUUGAAGAAAAUAUUGUGAAUCGCUCUUGGUUGCACAUAUGUUAUAAGCUGUUUUUCUUACACUCUGUUCAUAGUACAGUAGUAUGUUUAAAAUGCAAGUUCUGCCCGUUUUUCACUUAUUUUUCACUGUAAACAGUGUUCUGCUUUGACAAGUUAGGUUUUAUUCUUUUCUUUUUUUAAUUUUUAUUGCCAAAAACAUAAUUUGGGGAGAAAAUUGUUUUAGAAGCCAAUUAUGCUAAGCCUUGCACAAAUUUGGUAUAGGUAACAAAGAUUGUAACUCAGUUCCCUGUUCAUUCUUAACCAGGGUUGGGUGGUAAGGGGCAAAGGGGACACUGGACACUUCUCACAAACUUUCUCGUGAAUAAAAGGUGCCUGUCCUUUAAAAAAAUAAAUAAAACAUAACUAUUACUCUUCCAUAUUCCUGUCUAUAUUUAGUAAUUAAUUUAUUUUAUGAUAAAAAUCUAAUGAAAUGUAAAUUGUUUCAACUAAAUUCUGCUUUUUUCAUCCCUUUGUGUAAACUUGUUAAUAAUGAGCCCAUCACUAAUAUCCAGUGUAAAGUUUAACACCUGUUUGACAGUAAAUAAAUGUGAAUUUUUUUCCAAA